GAACAUUUUUACCAGCUCACCUGGGCAAUUUAAAUUGAUUGGGAUUUAAAGAAACACAUUAAUUGAACCAGCGAAAAUUUGUAGGCUCAAAACCUUACGCAAACCAAUUGUCCUGCAGAGCACUCUGGGCUAAAUAAGGAGAAUUAGAGAGGGAACAGAGCGAGUAGCUUAAAAAUGUCAAUGGUCAGUACCGGACCACAUGCAUUAGCUUUCAGAAAAGGGGAGGGACCUCCCAUGGCUCCACCAGGCUGGAAAUGGAUGACAGGUAAAAGAGCAAAGGACAUUUGUUUUGUCUCACCUGAUGGGGUUAGAAUUCGUUCUAAGGUCGCUCUCUCGAAGUUUUUGGCUAACUGUCCCAAUCCCCCAGCUGAGCAUGAGUUUCUUUGGAGAGUUCAACCUUUGGAUUUCAAAAAUACUCCUUUGCCUGGAGUUGAAAAGAAAUGCUAUACACGCAGAAAUAUCAAAAAUCUGUCGAUAGACAUACAAAAACAGAGGAGACCACAGAAUAGAAAAUCAAAGUUUCAGAACAUUAAACAGGACACCAGAGCAACAAUCAUUGGAGGUUCUUCUAUUUCAGCUGUUACAGGUACUUCUAUUGCCAGAUCUGAAGCUGAUAUUGAACAGAAGAUAGUGCUUGGGAUUCCAGUUUCACCAGGACAGAAGAGGAAAAGGCCGCCACUGCAUAAGUUAAAGGUUUGUCAAUUUUGUGGUCUACUUGAACAUUAUGUAGGACACCACGGGGUGGAUUGUCAUGGGGUUGAACAUCACGUGCAUGGAUUGGCAGUGAAGCAGAAAGACAAGGAAUCCUUCGUAAAACAUUCGGCAUGUCUUCAUGAGGCAACAAGGGUCUUACAGGAUUUUUUAUUAGCGUCUGGAGAGCUGAAGAAAAAGGGUGAUAUUCCGGUUGGUGAAUUACGUAAAAUUCUUUUGAAUUGGCAAGUUACCAGAGAGAGCAUGAAGGUGUUUCCAAUGAAUAUUGUUAGAGCUUUUGUCUUGCUUAUGAGAAAUGAAGCAGCACCCUCAAUAUUAGGAAGGAGGGCACUUGUUAGGCUCUCUACCAAAUGGUAUUGCAAGUACAAGAGAUUUUGGUGCUUACUAGAAGAGAGCCGAAUUAUUUCAACUGUUGAAAAGUUUUUAAGAGAUACACGUUCAGUUGAUCAGUUUUAUGUAGGUCAGAAUGAAUCAGAAUCUGGAAAAGAUCAAUGCAUGGUUGAUCCAUUUGUUGAAGGCCAGCAUGUUGAUAAGCACUUCUCUGCUCAUUCAGUGCCUGAAACAUGGUGCAAACCAAAAGUUUAUGGAAUCAGUGAAAGUUCAAACACUGUUGCACAAUUUGGAGGUUCAUGUUACAGGUACAAACCUUGCAAAGAGUGUAAUAAGUAUCAAGCAAUUAGAGACACAUUAGCGCAUGUUUCGUAUAAUGGAUCACAGUCACAAAGAGGUCUAGCAGCUCAUUGUGCUAACAGCUGUGACAAUCUGAUGGUGGGCACUGAAAAGCAGAAUACUAAAUUGCUGUUUCCAAUUCCUAAUAAGGAGGGAGCAUCUGAACUUGAAGAGGCAUUUCUUACUAAUAAAACUAGAAGUUAUUUUUCCAUACAACCAAGCAAUGAAGCACAUAGGCAGAAUGAGGAUCUUUUAAAUGAUGAAUCAUUGGCUAUGCAUGAUCAAAAGGUUUCUCACACAACAAUUGAUCAUCCAUAUGUCAAUAGUGGGAAUCUUUUUGAUGUAAAACAGAGGGUUGACAUUGCAGGUUACAAACAAGGUGGGGAUAAGUGCUUAGGCAAUCAAUGCCUUGAUGGCAAAAAUGACAAUAUCAAGGUUAAACCUAGAGGAGCAGUAGAAAUUCAAAAUUGUAACUGCAAAUCUUGCUGUGCAAAUGCUCACUUUUGUCGAGGUUGCAUGUGUUAUAUCUGUCUUGUAUCUAUUCAGCCAGAUGAAACGUGGAGCUAUAUAAAAUGCUCAUGUCACCAUAUUUUCCAUAUAGAAUGUACUCUUCAGGAAAGAAUUGGGGGAGUUGUAGAAGAGAAAAACAUUGAUGGUGAGUUUUUGUGCCCAGUUUGUUCUGUGAAGUGUGAUCUAUUUCCUUUUUGGAGGGAAAGGGUGAAAAAUGCAUUAGACAAUGAAUCCAAAGAUAUAGCACAUAAACAUCUUAAGUCUGCAAUCAGUGCCAUGGAUGGCACUCAGAGGAAAAGCUUAAAGGAAAUGAAUAUUAAGUUGUUGAGUGCAUUUGAAUCAGUUACAUAUACUCCAUUCUCUGAUUUGCGACGGCUAUUGGUUUCCAUUCUGGAAGAUGUAAAUACGCAGAAGAUUGCAAAGGAAAACGAUGGCUUUUUAGAAAAAAGUUCUCAAACAAAUGAAAUUGAGCUGGUUCAAGUACGAGAGUUAGCUAAUCUUACUAAGAGGGCUGCAGAUAGAGAUUCAGAAAUCUAUCGAAAGACUCAAGACAUGGUAGCUACUCAAAAAGAACUUUUGGCACAAAUCCAGGAAGAUUUGAAAAAGGCAGAAGCGGAGAUGCAGUUGGCUAAUCAGAAUGCCAAACGCUCAUCCAGAGCUGCAAAAAUAGCUAGAAAAAGGUUAGAGCUACUUCAGUUAUACCAUAGACCACGGUCUGUAACAAAAGAACAAGUUGAAGUCCAGAGAAUGUUCUACAAUUGGGAGGUCUCUGAGUUGAAAAGAAUCCAAAGGAUGAUCGGAGAUAUUAAUUGCUGCUGUGAAGAAUCAUUGCCAGAGCUUGCUUCCUUAUUUGAGAUCAUGAAACAACAAAGGCAGAAAGUAGAAGUUGCUCAUAGAAAGAUGGAAGAGAUGGAUUCAUCCUGUAAUUCUUGAUAGUCAUUAUUUAUAGUUUGCUAAGUACAAUGCCAUUGUUGAAAAGAUAUGCCACAAUUUUGCACCUAAAAUCUAGUCUUUCCUCUGUUGGACAAUUUUUAAUGUGCAGUGUGGAAUUGUCAGCAUGUAAAAUCUAUGCGCAGUCAGUGUAUCCUUAAUUUUUUUGUAGAUCAAGAGUCUCCUUUAGGAACCCAGGUUUCUAUCAGAAGAGAGAUGCUAGUGAUACGCCAUUUCUCACUCUUA